AUCGUCAGUAGCCACAUCGCUACUUGAGCUGUCAGUACGCAAUCCGCGUCCGGUAAUCGGUGGUAAAUGGAAGCACAUGGGCAAAAAGCUGUAAAUGGAAACAAGCAACGGUCCGAUUUUCGACCGUUGCUGGUUAACCCCUGAGGAGAAUCGCAACGGAAACCAUCUCUCUCUCUCUCUCUCUCUCUCUCUCUCUCUCUCUCUCUCGAUCUGGAUCUCGAAUACGCAGACGGUGUCGCCGUUACGGUUUUCCAGUCAUCCCUCUGUAUCUCUCUCUCGCCGGAAUACGCAGACGGCCGCCAGAUUUUUCUAGCCAUCCCUCUCGGCGUCGAUCUCUGACGCAUCAACCACUACAGAGGUUGUUCCGGCCAAUACACGAGGAGUUUCCCCAUCCCUCCUCCUUUCAUAUUCCGUAUCCGGCUCCACUGCAGAACAAGGACAUGGGCCACAACAAACUCCCGCUAAAAGUGAUCCGAUGCGACAAGCAUAGGAAAAGCGCCUUCUCAAAGCGGAUCAAGGGGUUGAAGAAGAAGGCAGCAGAGCUCGCCACCUUGUGCGGAAUUGAUGUGUGCAUGGUCUGUUGCGAUCCCAAUGGUGACCUGCUCGAGACGUGGCCAGGGAGCCGGUCUGAGGUCCUCCCCAUCAUUGAACGGUACAAGAAGAUCACAGAAACUGGAAGGAAAGGGAGCAUCACUGAUGUUUGCAGCGUGUUAGAGGAUAAAAUAAAGAAGUUGCAACGGGACCUUGAUAGGCAGCGAGCAGAGAAUAAUAAGCUCAUUCUGUACCCUUCGCAGGAUCAUCGACUGGAUGGGAUGUCGGAAGGAUAUUUGAGGGAGUUAGUAGGCCAGCUUGACAUGAAAUUGGAGAAGUUGAGAGAGAGAAUUGAGAUGGUGAAAUCUAGUAGUGACGAGAGGAGGUUGAACAUGCAAACGGAACAAGAGCUUGUGAAAGAAGAUUGCAAUGCACCUCUCCCUCUUUCCUAUUGUACACCUAUGCAUCACCUCCACACGAGUUCUCAAGAUCUAGGUUUUGAUUCUGACAUGGUGCAAAAUGAACAAGAGCAUGUUGUAGAAGAAGAUUGUAAUGCACCUCCCCAUCUCUUCCAUCUUUCACCUUUUUAUAACCUCCAAAAAAAUUCUCAAAAUCUUGGUUUUGAUUCUGACAUGGUGCAAAAUGAACAAGAGCAUGUUGUAGUGGAUGAUUGCGGUGCACCUCUCCCUGUCUCGUAUCAUACACCUUUGUAUCACCUCCACAUGGAUUCUCCAAAUAUUGGUUUUAAUUCUAACAUGGGUUCAGAAAUGCCCAUGCUCAAUGGCAAUAUUAUGAGUGGAAAUUCAUAUGAUUGGAUGAUUGGUUUUCAAGAUUUCGAGACAAAUGAGUGUGGAAUUGAGAUACUUCUCCCAACUUCAAACGAGUUGGAGUACGCAGGAUUUCCUCUAUUGGGUUUGGAGCCACAAGAUUCAGUAGGACUUCUGAAUAUCGAGCAAAUGGAGUAUGAAAAUGAUACAAGUUUUCAAAUUCCGAAGAGUGUAUUGGGAUCAUGGAAUUCUUUGGCAAGCUUUCGGUGAAGGGAGUUUUGUGUUUUUACCUGGGUGAUGUUGCAUUUUAGGAUAUGAAUUAUAGGAGCAGCAAUUUUGUUUUGUGGGAACUACAUUUUUUGGGACUUUGGUAUAUACCAGCAAACCCUUUAUAAUGUGGGGCAUUUUGUAAAUAGCAGAAAGGAUAUAGCAGAAUAGAAUUGUAAAUUGCGGAAAGGAUAUAGCACAACAGAAUUGUAAAUGUGAUACAAGUUUUAAUAUUAUGAAUUUAUUUAUCGCU